UCGGAUUUGCACGGGCUCCCUGGUGCAAGUCACGUAGUCCCUCCGCGUCUGGGUUCCCCACCUAUGAAGUGAGACUUGCAACACUGGGAGGCGCUCAGCUGACGAGGGGCCAUGCACGUACCUAAGGCAGCAUUGGGCUCUCCAGUGACAGUCCGGGAGCUCUCCGCGCUGCCGGCCAGCGGGGCGGGUCCCGGGAAGCACCCGCCCGCCAACAAUGGCAUCAGCGCGGGACUCCGAGCAGCGCUCGCGGGCCGGGCUCCUCCAGGAGGACAAAGCUUUGGGGAGGCCCGGGGCUUAGUUACAGCAGAGCCCCUCUUCCCGUCAGACUCCGCAGGGCCGCGGGGCUCCAGGGGAGCUCGACACUCGCCAGGGCCUGGCGCUGAGAACACGUCGCGGGCGCCAAGCGGGGCUCGCUGCGAGCUGGGCCCGGCUCCGCGCUCCCACGGGCUGAGGGGGACGCCGCGGCCCGGCCGGGCACUCAGACCGGCCUGGCGCUAG